UAAUUGGUUAAUAGUAAUUCAUUUAAUACUAUUGUAAGCUUAUACCUAUUAUACAUAUAUCCGAAAGUAACCGAAAUAUCCGUCAUGAGGGUCUAAUGUCUAACAAGGUGAAGAGCGAAUGAAGUAGGCUCCUUUCCUCAGUUGUUGUUUAGCUCUUAUUGUUUCCGAGAUCUCGACCCUUAUACGGACAGAUAGACGAACGGACAGAUCUGCAGCUAGUGAAGAUGGAGUGUGCAACAUAUAACAGAUCUAACAGAUAUGCUUUAGUGACACAAAAUUACUUUAUAUAAUUUGGCUAUUGGCCAUUGCCCACAUACAAACCAUAUUUUAUUAUUUGCUUUGUUAAAUGUCCGAGAUCUCAGAGGUUCUACUCCCAGCCGGACAGACAUACGGACAUGGUCACAUCAUCGUAGAAUGGCGUCCACACUGAUACACUUUUAGUAUUCAAAAGUGAAUCUGACAUAUCACACAGAAUAUGUUAAAUUCUGACUAGCUGUCGACGUAUACAAAUACUGUCGGUGCGAAUGUCAUUUUUAUUUUAUACAAGUCUUUAGAAAACUAUAGAAAACACUCUUGGCUCUGGACCUAUUUACAAAUCGUGCACAGCGCUAAAGGAUGGGCCCCGAAGGGUCCAUAGACAUCUGCGCGAAGGGCAGCGGUCGGGUGGAAACCGUCACCCUGCGCCAGAACGAACAGAUCCGGAACCUGCGCGUCCUGGUGGCAGUGCGCUUUGAGCAGGCUAUUUCUCGGAUCAUCCUGGUCUUCGCGGGCCAGGUGCUGAGUGACGAGGGGACCAUCGACAGUAGGGGCAUCGUCUCCGGCGUCACUGUGCACGUGGUUUGCCGGGCGGAAGUAGCAAGCUCUCCAUCGCCGACGCCGAUCACGGCCACAAAGCGUUCCAUGCCGAGCGAGCGCCUCAUGAGAUCCUGGCAGUCGGCCCACAUAGCCUACCUGCAACAAGCGCCCGAUGUGCUGAGAAGCCUGCUACAGGCCGAUCCGCGAAUCCGGAGUCUGCUCGAUGAGAAUGCGGCCAUGCGCCACUACUUGAACAGCGACCAGAACCUACGGGAGAUGUUUUCGUUGGCCUUCAGCCCGGCCAAGCAAGAGCUGGGACGCCGCCGCGACCUCCACAUAUCACGCAUGGAGUUUGUGCCUGGCGGGUACAAGGUCUUGAGCCGACUGAACUACUGCAUGCUACAGGCCUACGAAGACAACGUGGCCAUGUCCUUUCAGCAGGCGUCACAAGGCGCUAAGACGUCCUCGAACCCCCAGCGAGGUCUCGAGGUGAAGGACCCGCUCCCAAACCCAUGGCUUCGCAUGCCGCGCAGCCGAAACCCGUGGACAUGUGCUCUGCCAAGACGUGUCAACAAGGGACGAUCUUCUGUUAAGCAGAGCGACCCUGAUGCCGAUUUCAGGCAGAAGAGCUCAUCGAAGGUGACGACUUCUACUGCAACACAGACCAUGUGCAAGGACCGUCGAUCCGGUGGUGAGGGACACUGCCAGCACUGCUACCAGACCCAGGUGGAGCAGUUGGCUCAGAUGGGCUACAGCAACCGCAGUCGAAACAAACGCGCUCUGCUCAUAUCUCUGGGCAAUUUUGAUUGCGCUGUAAGACUACUGGACCACUGGAAUCGGUUUUUGGAGGACUGAACUCCAUUUGUACUGCUUUUGAUUUGUUUCGUUUUUGGCCGAGGUUAUCUGACGCCUAUUGAUAUGCACAAUAAAUAUGCACAAAAAAAUGAAACCAAU